AUGCUCUUCCCGGGCCCGGCGGCUGUUUUCUGCUUGCUUCAGAUGCACCCUUGUCAGCAGCUCUGUUCCUCCACUGUAGGUCCAGAGUUUGUGGUUGCUUUGCAAGCUCACAGCCCCCACGCAGCCUGGAGACCUCCUCACACAGUCCUGCUGAUGAACACUCCCGGCACUCAGGCUUUGCGCUGCCGGGACAGCAGGGGCUUUGCGGCCUCCCCUCCUGUGCUCUGGAGCAUCACCAUCCCCAUUCUCAUCCUUACCAUCAUCUUCAUCACCAUCGAAACAGUGGCCCACCAUUACUAG